AUGGAAAUGUCAUACGUUUUGAAUUUCUGGAGACAAUUGCCGUUAAUUACGAGAAGAAGAGCCAAUUUAUUGGGCAAAACGGGAGGCAUAAUGACAGCCAUCGGAGGCCUUCUGUUUAUAACAUUCCCAACACUUGUAAGCAUUGGUCUGAAGAGUCAAAUGCAAAUCAAAGAGGGAAACGAUAUCACGAAGAGUUGGAAAGACGUUCCGUUAGCCAUAACUGAGAAGAUUUAUGUUUGGAGUAUUGAAAAUCCAAUUCAAUUCUCAAACGGAGCCAAACCUAUACUCAAAGAAAAAGGACCCUAUUUUUGGAAGCAACAUCGAUGGAAAGAGAUUAUCUCGUGGUCUGCGGACGAGGAGAGUAUAGCGUAUUGGUCUUCGCAAUCAUUUACAUUUGAUAAGACCAGAACUGAUGGCAAUCUUAACGACAGAAUAACAAUCAUUAAUGUUCCCGCGAUGGCUUAUGUGAUCAACAAUUUGGUCGAUCAGUUGCCCCUCUCUUUCACGAUCGCUCCCAUAAUCUUUGGUUUUGUGAAUAUUCUGUUCACAACACACGGCGAGGGCUUUAUUAAGGAGCUAACAGUCGGCCAACUUAUAGAGGGCUAUCCGUUCAGUAUAUUGGAUACGAUUGACAUAUUAACAAAACCGUUGACGUGGUUUGGUAUCAAACUUCCCGAUAACGGAAUGCCGGGCAAUAGAUUCGGUCUUUUAUCGGUAAAAAACUUCACAAAAGACGGACCCUAUGAAGUGUUUACAGGACAGGGGAAUACAAAGUUUCUCAAAUACAUCAGCUAUAAGGGCAAAAAAUCUCUAGAGUUUUAUAACGAUCCCAAUUGUAAUCUAAUGAAUGGUACGGAUGGCACCACAAUGGGCUCAUUUCUAUCUCGAUCGGCCACUGUUGAUAUAUUUCAAGGGGACGCGUGCAAAUCAUUUCACAUCAAAUACAAGACCGACUCCUCUGUGAGGGGAAUAUCGACCUAUCGUUUUGUUUUCCCGCAAUCGUUGUUCGCCUCUCCGGACAAAAACGCCGACAAUAAGUGCUUUUGUCGGACACCCGCUCAUUACGAGCAGUGCGACGGCAUAUUUGACCUAGGUCCCUGUCAAAUGGGCGCACCCCUCGCCUUCUCUUUCCCUCAUUUUCUUUACGCGAGUAAUACUAUUAGAGGAGGCGUUGAGGGCUUAACACCGCUUAUCGAUAAACACGAAAGUUUCUUUGAUAUCGAACCGGAAGCGAUAGUACCGUUCGUAUGGCUCGAAGAGUUUGCGGAAAUUGACGACAAAUUUGAACUAAUGAUCAAAAUGGCAACCAUUCCUAUGGCUGUUAUUAAUUAUGGAUCACUAAUUGUGGCCGCAAUGGGACUCAUAGUUAUGACCAGCGCUUUAGGAUAUGCAGCCAUUCAUAGGAAUAAUUUAAUCGACGACAAGAAGGAGAUAACAGUUGACGAAAAAGACAAACUCGAAGACAAAACGCAAGAAAUGAAUGGAAAUAUAAACACAACUAAAGAAGAAGAAAAAAAACAGUGAGAGUGGAAACCGACAGAAAAAGAAGAU